GUUUAUAAAAGAUGGACGAAGAGGAUAUUCAACCUCUCGUCUGUGACAAUGGUACCGGAAUGGUCAAGGCUGGAUUCGCUGGUGAUGACGCUCCGAGGGCGGUAUUUCCUAGCAUUGUUGGCAGGCCUCGCCACACUUGUGUCAUGGUCGGGAUGGGCCAAAAGGACGCUUAUGUAGGUGAUGAAGCACAAUCUAAAAGGGGUAUCCUUACAUUAAAAUACCCUAUUGAGCAUGGCAUUGUCAGCAAUUGGGAUGACAUGGAGAAGAUAUGGCAUCACACAUUCUACAAUGAGCUCCGUGUUGCUCCUGAAGAGCACCCGGUGCUUCUCACAGAAGCGCCACUCAACCCCAAAGCAAACAGAGAGAAAAUGACACAGAUCAUGUUUGAGACCUUCAAUGUGCCAGCCAUGUAUGUUGCCAUUCAGGCUGUCCUUUCUCUGUAUGCUAGCGGCCGUACAACUGGCAUUGUGCUAGAUUCUGGUGAUGGUGUUAGCCACACAGUGCCAAUUUAUGAAGGAUAUGCCCUCCCACAUGCAAUCCUUCGGUUGGAUCUUGCGGGGCGUGAUCUCACUGAUGCCCUUAUGAAGAUCCUCACUGAAAGAGGUUACUCGUUCACCACCACCGCCGAACGGGAAAUUGUUAGGGACAUGAAGGAGAAGCUCGCAUAUGUUGCCCUUGAUUUCAAGCAGGAGCUAGAGACAGCCAAGAGCAGCUCCGCUGUUGAAAAGAGCUAUGAGCUGCCCGAUGGGCAGGUGAUCACGAUCGGAGAUGAAAGGUUCCGUUGUCCUGAGGUCCUCUUCCAGCCAUCCCUUAUCGGCAUGGUAGCUGCUGGAAUCCAUGAGACCACGUACAACUCCAUAAUGAAAUGUGAUGUUGACAUCAGGAAGGAUCUGUACGGUAACAUUGUUCUCAGUGGUGGCUCGACUAUGUUCCCUGGUAUUGCUGAUCGAAUGAGCAAGGAAAUUUCAGCCCUUGCCCCUAACAGGAUGAAGAUCAAGGUGGUGGCUCCACCCGAGAGAAAGUACAGUGUCUGGAUAGGAGGCUCCAUCUUGGCAUCGCUUAGCACCCACCAGCAGGUGAAUCUUGUGCCUGCGACUUCUAGUAUUAGUUGA